AUGGAUGAUUCCGAAACCGCUACUGUCCCGCUCAUGACGGGUUUGAAUGCUCACCGAGCGCCUCAACCUCCUCUGAGAUCUCCGAGUUACGUCUUUUCCCAAGUCCCCAAAGCCACCAAAGACUUGUCCGGAUCCAUCCUGCAAGAAGUCAAGGACCGGGACCAUUUCAAGGCGUGCAUGUCCGAAAUGGUCUUGCUCUGCAAUGAAGCUAUCAGACGCAAUUCUCUCAAAAAGUGCAAGAGCAAACCAUUGAGUUUGGAGUACAUUGCCGAUCGAUUGGAUGUGGACGAUCCCUGUUUUGGGUAUUUGGCGAGAUCCAACGAAGGAAAAUUGCAAGGAUUCAUUACCCUCACGACUUUUACCAAUUGGCAAAAGAACUUUCGGUGGGAUUCCAAAAAUGAAGCCUCUUUCUACUAUGAUGACGAUGACGACGAUGAUGAUGCUAAUGAAAAGGAGAAAGAAGGAAACGAUCAACAAGAUGAGGAAGGAAUUAAGUCCGAAGAGGAAGAGGAAGAGGACGAAGCUGAGUUUGAAGACAAGGAUGACGACGAUGAUGAAAGUUAUGCCGGUGAAGGUAGAUAUCACACACCAAUCCCCUCCCGCAAGAGAAAGAAUACGAAACCAGAGAGCGCCAAGAAGCAACCAUCCACCAAGAAGCCAAAACAGGAGGAGACUACUGCUGAGACAAAGAAACCUCCCAAGAAGGCUCGCAAAAUAGACUUGGAUGGAUCCUUGGCCCAAGAGUUGGAAAACACUGUCCGAUUGGGAGAUCCCUACAACGAAGGGAUUGUCUGGCCCCGUAUUGCUGAAGUCUCCUUGUUGGGAGCCUUGGGAUGUGGAAAACAAUUACUCAAGUUGGCCAUUGAACAGCUGGAAUUUCAAAAGCCCAGUGCCAAUGCCAACUAUGAUUACUUGGUUCUGCAAGCGACGGAUAAUUCGAUUGGCUUUUACGAGUCUAUCGGAUUUGUUCGUGUGGGGGCGGUGACCUUUGGUAAUGAUGACAAGAAGAACCAAUCAACAGGUUCCACCGAUACAAAGACGCCUUCGAAAUCGACGAGUGACUCGACGAGCGGUGAUAGCAGCAGCGUCGGUAGCGUUACCGACACGUCCAUGGAAAGUAACGGCAGUGGUGUUGUAGUGGCAGAACCUUUGGCUCCAUCGUCACCCGACAAGCAGGAUGCUCUUGCUCGACCGUCCAGAAUUGUCUCCAGCCCCUUGGAGGUACACAUUGUCAAGCAAGGCGGAUGGACACCAAAGGACAUUGCCGCUAGGCACAAGGUGGAUCCAUGGGAUGUCGUCUUUUUGAAUCGGGACAUUUAUCCGUCUCUCACGGUACAUAGCAAACUGAAAAAGGGUACCACACUAUUUGUCCCCAAAUCGAAAACAGAUGCUCUGCAUGCUGCAUCCAGUCCUCAAGCACCAACCCAGGAGGAGACACCCACUAAAUGGUUUGUGGCCAAGGAAAAUGACACUCCACGCAAGAUUGCCAAGAUGCACGGUGUGCCUUGUACCCAAUUAGUCCAAGCCAAUGUUGCUCGAUUGCCAGAAUUGCAAGCAGCUUCCCGGCUCAAGGAAGGAACUCGAGUCAAGGUCAACAACUUUGACAAGCCGGACAAUAUUUGCCAACAAUAUUGUCACUGGAGCUUUCCUGACGAUGCCUCUGUGGAAAAUGGAGAACCCAGUUACAUGAUGGUCUACAAGGUGGAACGAAAGUCUGCCCGUGCGCCUCGUGAUGUGCGCAAUUCCUUGGCGGCCAAGGUCCAACCCUAUCAACCACCGCCCCUUUUAAUGGAAGCCCCCAAGACCCAAAAGGUGGUGACCAAGAAACGUCGAAAUUUGCCCCGACCACCAGUUCCACCACCCCAGCCACCAUCUGGAUUCAAUGUCUUUCAGGAUCAUCAAAAGCAACUUUAUCCGGAACUUCGUGACUCCAAUGCUGCCAAUCGUCAAUUGAUCAAGGGCAAAUGGGACCUAUUGUCCAAAUUAAAGCAGUCCCGCUACGAAGAUGUGGCGAAGGAUUGCGCCAAGCACUUUGACGAUGCUCAAGCAAAGUUUGAAAAGGCGUACGCCAAGUGGAAGGAUGAUUGCGACAAGCUUCCACUCGUUGAGACUGUGUUGGAAAAGGACGACAACCUUUUCAGCAAGGUGGUCAAGUUGCGGGAUGACGCGUUGGAAGGCAAGCAAUAUACCUAUUGGUUUGUCCUCACGUACAUUCCCGACUUGAAGUGGUGUCACUUGGCACCAAUGGUUCCCGAUGGAGUCUUUGGUCCUGAACGAAAGCGAUCCCAUGGUCGCACUCGCUGGAGGUUGGUAGAUGAAUCUCUGGGUCACGAAUUGGACAUUAGUUCCGUGUUUUGCAUUCCCGUUCGAUCUCGAACCCUGAAGAAAACUGCAGAUGCUGACAAGGAAGAGUGGGAUGUCUUGGAUGGUACAAGUAAUGGUGUUGCGGCUUCAUUCUCGUCGGAUAAAUCAUCGGAAGGCAGUCCAACCACCAGUGCUGACGAGAAACCGCCACCCAAGCGGGCCAUUCGAAAACAGCCCGUGCGCCCACGAUCAGCAACCAAGCCUAUGAGUGGGAAGAUUGCAGUCAAAUCUAGUGCUACUCCCAACAAGAAAGUCUUGGCAUCUCCUGCCCGAUCGACCCGCAGCAACCGAACCACUGACUCUCCCAGAUCCUUUCCCUCGCCACGUCGCAUCUUGUCCCCAGGACGUCCCGAGAAGGCCACCAGCUCACCGAUUCGCCAAUCGGCUGUCAAGCGAAAGGCGACUCAAGAUUUGGAUCCCGAACGCAAAGCCCGCACUAUCAAGACGGUCGGAGGGCGCCGGAGUGUUUUGCAGUCAUGA